CAUAGUUGACCCCUCAGAUCAUCGAGCUGUCCAAUGUUCUGCUCCAAAAAGAAACUGCUGCCGUCAUGUCCAAAUAUUAUCACGCCGGAUCAAAUCCCAUCAUUCUUCAUCCCCCCAAAGCUGUCCUCGUUACCAGACAGAGGCGGAAAUGUUGGGAAGUGGUUCCAGAAGAAAGCUUCCGACGUGGGAUCCAAGUCCACGCCGAGGGCUCUGCUGAGGUCAGCCAGCCGUCACGUCAUUGAGGUGGAAGAUGUAGAGCAGGAAAGAGGCAGUCCGAAGCAGAGUCACGGUUCCACCAUGGCGGCCACCAUUAUGGGCAGUCCAUAUCUGUCGGAGAGCCCGCACACCCGGCGAAGGGAGUCUCUGUUCCACCAGAUGUGUCCCACACAUGGACCUUGUAAGCUAAAGCUGCUCUCUCCAUCAGAUCCAGACUGUGUCUUAAGCUGGAAGGCUUCUUCUCACGACCUUCAUUUGGUGGCCAUGGAAAGCGACACCACGUCUUCUACAGAGUCUUCCCCAUUUAGCUCCCCGCUUUUGAACCGGUGUUUUGACAGGCGUCUAGUUGGUCAAGCCUCCGGCAGGCAACCGGCCAUUUCUCGCACCCUGACCGUAAAGACGUUGACGCGGGCCAGUUCCCUGUCCACCGAGGAAACCAGCUCGACGGACAACAGUCCCAACCUGCCCACCAAGGAGGAUCAUGGGAACCCUCGAGCCUCGAUGGUCCAUCUGGUCCCACCACCCAUCUUCCACCUAGACUUUAUCUGUUGCCAGGACCGCUUGACCAAAGAGACAGAGGUGGCUUUAAGCAAGGGUGGCCUUAUCCGCUUGUCCGUCGAGUAUGUGAAGGAGUUGGGGCGUCUCAGGGUGAAGCUAGUCAAUGCCGAGAACCUGUACCCCUUACACCAAGACCCAAAAAUCAUCAGCUGCUGCGUCGUGAUGUGCCUCAUGCCGGGGAAGCUGCAGAAGCAGAAGAGCACCGUCAUCCGCCGGAGCAGGAACCCCAUUUUUAACGAGGACUUUUACUUCGAAGGCAUCGAGAAAGGGGAACUGGACCAACUCAGGCUGAAGGUGAAGGUGGUCAACAGAGGAGCAGGCGUGAAGAGGGACAUCUUACUGGGGACCAACGAAAUUCAGAUCUCUGCUAUUCUGCCUCAGUGA